GUCGAUCAAUAAUUCACCAAUGUCCAGAGGAGAUGGUAAAAAAGGAGGCAGUUGAGAAAAAGGUCUAUGAAAGUAAAAGCCAAGGGGUUGGUGGAGAAGCCGAAGCUAAUAAAGAAAACGUGCCUAGCGAGUUAUUCUUAAAAACCCAAGUUAGUUGCAGAAAAAUCGAAAUGGGAUCGUUGGAGAUGCUUUCGAGGAGAACACUGGGCACAGAUAUGCCCGUCAUGGCUCAGAUUCGGAAACUAAUGGCGGAGUUGAACAAUCCCAUGUCUCUUGCUCAGGGAGUGGUGCAUUGGCAGCCUCCUCAAAAGGCUCUAGAAAAGGUCAAGGAGCUUGUGUGGGAUCCUACGGUUAGCUCUUAUGGAUCCGAUGAAGGUAUUCCCGAGCUUCGAAAGGCUCUUCAGAAAAAGCUACGUGAAGAAAACAAGCUAGCUAAUCCUGCAGUGAUGGUUACGGCAGGUGCCAAUCAGGCGUUUGUGAAUCUUGUUCUUACACUAAGCGAUCCCGGUGAUUCAGUUGUCAUGUUUCAGCCCUACUACUUCAAUGCCUACAUGGCCUUCCAGAUGACCGGAGUUACCAACAUCAUCGUUGGUCCUGGCCAUCCAGAGACUCUCUAUCCCGACGCAGACUGGUUAGAGAGGACACUCUCUGAGUCUAAACCAACCCCAAAGGUUGUAACUAUUGUGAAUCCUGGUAAUCCGAGCGGCACCUAUGUCCCUGAACCUCUUCUUACGAGGAUUUCAAAGAUAUGCAAAGAUGCAGGGUGUUGGCUGAUUGUAGAUAACACAUACGAGUAUUUCAUGUAUGACGGUUUAAAACAUUGCUGCGUUGAGGGAGACCACAUAGUUAACGUCUUCUCCUUCUCUAAAACCUAUGGCAUGAUGGGUUGGAGGCUUGGAUAUAUAGCUUACUCAGAGAACUUGGAAGGAUUUGCGAGAGAGCUUGUAAAGAUUCAAGACAAUAUCCCAAUAUGUGCCUCCAUAAUAUCUCAGCGCCUGGCUUUAUACGCACUGGAGGAAGAUGCUGGGUGGGUAACAGAACGGGUAAAGGGUCUGGUGAAGAACAGGGAGAUUUUGAAAGACGCCCUUGAGCCUCUGAGGAAGGAGAAUGUUAAGGGAGGAGAAGGAGCGAUUUACCUAUGGGCAAAGCUACCAGAGGAACACAGAGAUGCUUUCAAGGUGGUGAGGUGGCUUGCUCACCGUCAUGGUGUGGUGGUGAUCCCGGGGUGUGCAAGCGGUAGUCCAGGGCAUGUGCGGGUGUCGUUUGGAGGGUUGAAGGAGGAAAAAAUGAGAGCUGCUGCAGAGAGGCUGAGGAAAGGAUUAGAGGAGCUGGUUCACCAUGGAAUGGUGUGAGUGAGUGAGUGAAUUGUUCGUUAAUAAAAUUAAUUUACUUUGCGUUAACUUUGUAGUAGCAUUCAAUAAUAAAAAGAGUGUUUGUUUAUUCGAUUUCAAUAGAUUUGUCAGUAGACGAAUGCAAAUGAAAUAUGGAGCUUGCGCUGAUAAAUCUUUGAAUAAGACUGUUAACAUAAAGAGGAGGUAAAGGGAAG